CCGCAACAGACAGGCACCUCAUCUCACGGGAGGCAGGAGGGAGACGACGAACCCGUGGGAUCUCGCUCCGCACCAAAUCCCCUCUCCCCAAAAUUUUUGCUAGGGCUUUGGGGGGAAGAGAAAUUCAGGCGCCCAGACCCACCAAUCCGUGGAGUCCGUUCGGCGGAGGCGCCAUGAGCUCGGCGCAAGAUCCAUUCUACAUCGUCCGGGAGGAGAUCCAGGACUCGAUUGAUAAACUGCAAAGUACCUUCCACCGUUGGGAGCAAACCGCUUCAAACACAGGAGAAUAUGUUCAUCUGACGAAGGAUCUUCUGACCAGCUGUGAAAGCAUUGAAUGGCAGGUAGAUGAGCUGGAAAAGACUAUCUCAGUUGCAUCAAGGGAUCCAGCAUACUAUGGACUUGAUGAGGUCGAGCUUUCUAGACGAAGAAACUGGACUGGUUCUGCCCGUAAUCAGGUUGGUACAGUCAGGAGAGCUAUCGAAAAGGGGAAGAGCAAUUCAGCAACUUCAAGAUACCAGGACACAAGCAGGACCAACCUCUAUUCUGCCCAAGACAAUGAUGACUUUAUUUCCUCAGAAUCAGAUAGACAGCAGCUACUUAUGAGGCAGCAGGAUGAAGAACUUGAUGAGCUCAGUGCGAGUGUCCAAAGGAUUGGCGGUGUAGGGUUAACCAUACAUGAAGAGCUGUCUGGACAGGAAAGGAUCUUAAACGACCUAAGCUUGGAGAUGGAGACUACUUCCAACCGACUUGAUUUCGUGCAGAAAAGAGUGGCCAUGGUGAUGAAGAAGGCUGGCAUCAAGGGGCAGAUCAUGUUGAUCGCGUUCCUGGUUGUUCUAUUCAUUAUUCUCUUCGUCUUGGUGUUCUUGACAUAGCCAGGUGCACCAGAGGCAUCAUCUGUUUGCCCCCAUUUGCCGUAUCUGCUGCUUUCUGUCAUGUGUUGUGAAACAUAAAUAUACGAGUUACCCAUCAUUUACAAAUCUUGAUUUUUCUUGCAA